AGAAAAUGAGCAUGUGUUUCCUUCCGGUUGUUUCCGAUAACGGUUCGAUGGUCGGAAAACGAUCGAAGUCGUCGUCGUCAGAUGUUAAAUCGCCCCUUUCACCGGCGAAGAACAUGAUGGGUUCCGACGACAGAGACGAUGAUGCUCCUGGAAAUUCUUUUGGUCGGAAAAACAAACUUGGCCGCCGGAGUCUCUCUCGUUUUGUCAAUGCCGUCUUCUUUGAAACUUCUCUGAUGAAGAGAAUGACAAGCAAGAAACUGGAUCAGAAGCUGCACCGGAUUUACAAUGGCGAGAUAUCCAAAUCUAAAUCUGAAUUAAAACCGAAGAAGAUUUUCAGUCCGACAAUCAACGAUGUGCCACCGUGCGAGGGCAUCGAUCACUCAACAAGUGACAAUUCUUCUAAGAUCUCAUCUUGUUUAUCAAAAGAUUCAUCUUCAUCAUCGUCGAGAUUGUUGUCGUUAACGACGGCAUCUGACCGUUCAUCUUCAUCAUCGUCGAGGUCGUCGUUAACAACUCCAUCCGGCCGUUCAUCUUCGUCGUCACUUUCCCGUAAUUCGAGGCCGGCAUCGUCCAAAACCGCGGAAAACAAUAAAAUGAUUGAAAAGGACCAUGGUUCCAGGAUCGUUUCUUGUUGUUUGCUCCUUGUGAGCCUAUUGGUUUUGGUCAUUUGGGGUAAAGUUUCUGCAAUUUUCUGCACCUCGGCCGUGCUGGCCCUUACGAACCGGUGGGCUAAACGAGGUCCAUCGGAUAGUGUUGCGGUCGAUCAUCGUGUAUUCGAGAUCGAUUCGAAGCAUUACAGGAAGAAGAUUAUCAUGGAAGGGUUGCUAGAAAGGAACCAUGGUCGAAAUGUAUAUCCAUACAUUCAUAGUCAUACUUUUGGAACUAUAUAAAUGUUAUCUAUAAACAAAAGGAAAUUAGGUUUCUAGAC